CGAAAACACCUCUUGCAGGCUCCUGUACUCCAGGUAGUCUAUGCCAGCACCAUAAAAGACCGCUACCUGUUUCUUUUCAGCGAUCUACUACUGAUUUGCAAACCCAUUAUGGACGAGAGCAUAAUUGUCAGCAGUCCGAUCAAUCCAGACAGCGAGAGUCGGAGUAGGUUCAAAUCUACAGAGAGUAGCCUUUUUCAAAUAAAAAACAUUGUCGAACUGGCCCAGAUGACACUGUUUCUCUCGCGCGAGGACCAGCCUUCUUUUGAUAAUCGACAUUCGAUGAAUAAUAGUCCUGGUGCAACUGGCUCAGGAAUGCAUCCAAUGCUGGUGACUGCCUUGCGCAAAUUUCAAACCAGUGCCGAAUCCGGCGUUGCAUACCUGAUCGAUAAAAAUGUACUCAUUCAAGAACCCCUCAGUAUUGCCGGUUUUCUAUUCAAGACCCCUGAUCUCAGCCGCCGGCAGCUGGGCUACUAUCUUUCGGACCGAAACAACAACGAUAUUUACGAAGCAUUUUUGAAUUGUUUCAGACUGGUUGGUCUGCGGCUCGACGAAGCUCUAAGAAUCCUCUUGACAACCUUUAGAUUACCUAGUCAAUGGGAAAACAUAGAGUACAUCAUUGAACAGUUUGCCAAAAAAUGGCAUGAUGCCAACCAGAACGUGAUCAAGUUCCAUGAAGACAUGGUUGUCAAAGUCAUUGUGGCCAUGUUGUUCUUAAAUGCCGAGAUAUGUGUUGCGUUUGAGCCGCUGCACUACAUCACCUCUGUGCGCACAAAGGGGUCACGCCGUCCGACUGUCGAGGAUUUUCUGGAGCGGUGGAAGUACUAUGAUCAGUACGAGCUAGUCGAGGCUGAGUUCCUCGAAGAGAUGUAUCGAUCAAUUGUGGCCGAGCGACUUGAGACCGGGUGGGAUACGCGACCUGGAAAGACUGAGGAGCAAGAAACUGACAUAGUGAUUACGGUGGACGCAAAUCAGCUCCCUUCCCGUCUGACAAGAAAUGUGCCGUGCUUGCCGAUCCGGAUAUCGAUCCCCAGCCCGGAUCCUGGACUGCAGAUCAAAUUGCGUGGCCAAGACCUGCUUUGCCAGCCAAAUAUCCUGGAUUUCAGUCAAUCGGCCGUUCAAUCGUUCACGGUGACGGGGCACACGCUUGGAAGGACAAGUCUGAUGUUUAUCAAGUCGGGCUUUAACGCGGGACGUUAUGUCAGUCCGACUUUGCCGCGUACCAAGAGUAUUGUAGUCGAACGGCUCUUUAUGCGCUACACGUUCCAGAUUGGGUUC